AUGCUCACUGUGAUGAUGGGGAGACGUCUUGUGUGUGCCUUGGCCCUCGCGCUGUGUGGCGUGUCCGUGUGCGUGACGGCUGCCGCUGCUGGGAAGAGUGCGGAGGCGGGCGAUGGGGGAGCCACCGCAGGCGGCACUUUGGCGAAGUCUGCGGAGGCGGCAAGAGGGAGUGUGGAAGCGGCAGUGAAAGACGCGGAGGCGGUGCUGAAGGACGCGGAGAAGGCGGCAACGGAUGCGAAGGAGUUGCUUAGGGGCUCCGAGAGGGCAGUGAGGGACGCCAACGCGGCCCAGGAGAAGGCUGCAAAGGCAAAAGAUGAUAUCGAGCAGGCUUCGACGAUCCUUGUCGAGGCACGGGAGCUCGCGGAGGGGGUUAAAAAAAAAACAAGCGAAGCAAAGCCGAGCGCCGAUUCACUUGCCAAUGCAAAGGCCACAGCGAAGUCUGCGGUUGAUCUCUUCACGAAAGCAGCGGGGCUCCUGGAGGGUGCGGUGGCCAAGACCGAGGCUGCACAGACGAAGGCUGUGGACGCGGUGCUCAAAGUGAAGAGCGCGGGCGGACUUGCCGAGGCUUUGGCAGGCAACGCAAAGGUUACAGCUGAGAAUUCCAAGGCGGCGGCGGUGGACGCACAAAAGGCGGCGGCGACUGCUGAGGAAAUCAAGGCGAAGGUGAAGGAGACGGAGCAGAAUGCACAGACAGCCGAUUCAAAGUUCAAGGAGGCACUGAAGAAAGUUCAGUCUGUACUGGAGAGUGUCAAGGACGGAAAAACAAGUGCGGAGGCGGCGGCGAACCACGCGGGGGCGGCGGCAGAGGCGGCGGCGGCGGUGGCGAAGAAGAAAAGGCCUCCACCACCGGUGAACGAUCAAGAUGUGGCCAAAAAGGCCAAAUUGGCGGAGGAAGACGCAAGUACGCACGCGAGCGAGGCAGUGACACGGACCGUGGAAGCGUUGAAGAAGGCUGAUGAUGUCGAAGCUUACACCAAAACAUUGAAGACAGCCACUGAGGAGCUGAAGAAGCUCGCGGAUGGGGCAGUGUUGUCUGCUGAAAGGGCAAAAGAAUACGCGGAGGCCGCGAUUUCGGGCAAACCGUCUCUCCCUGAGGGCGAGAAUGAAGUGAGCCAUCUGGUCACGUCUCUCAAGGGGGACGACAGCUGCGGCCCUGCGUGGGGGCGUGCGUCGUUGCUGCUACUGCUGGCCUGCGUGGCCGUAUGGUAA